UCGCGGCUACAUUCCCGUGCUCUCUGCUCUCCAAGGCCAGGAUGUUGCUCCUGCCUGCGGCGCUGCUGCUGCUCCUCUUCCAGCCGAGCGUUGUGUCCGAGUGCAGCUACGUCCUGAGAGAUGCCUUCCGCUGCUCCGGCGCGGGGAUCCACGACUUGGCCUCGCUGGGCAUUCCCAACAACGUGACCCAAAUGCUGAUCAUGAGCACCAGCGCCACGGAGUUGGCAGACGGCUUGUUCGCCGACAUGAAAGUGUUGCAGCGUCUCAUUCUGUCCUCUAACCAACUCUCAGCGAUUUCUCCGGGAUGCUUCGAAGGCCUCGGGCAGUUGAAGACCCUGAAGCUGAGCAACAACAAGUUACGGCAGCUGCCCGGCGGGGUCUUUGACCCGCUGCUCCGCCUUCAGCAGCUGGCCUUGGAGCACAACCGGUUGCUGAGCCUCCCGCCGGGCCUCUUUGACCGACUGCUCAACUUGCAGGAGCUCUCCUUGAGCAAGAACUUCCUGGCUGCGCUGCCCGGGCAGCUCUUCCGACGCCUCGCCCGGCUCGAACAGCUGGACCUGUCCAGGAACCAGCUGGUGGCCUUGCCUCGGAACAUCUUCUCCACCUUGUCCAGUCUCAAGAAGCUCAUUCUGUCAGCCAACGGCCUCGCCUCGCUGGAGCCCGGCUUGUUUGCCCACCUGGGCGCACUGCUGGAGCUCCAGCUGCACUCGUGCGCCAUCGGGGCCGUCGCCCCGGGGGCAUUCCACGGCCUCCGCCAGCUGCAGACCUUGACCCUGUCUGACAACAGGCUGCCCACGCUGCCUGCCGAGCUCUUCUUCCCCCUGCGCCGGCUGGCCCGGCUGACCCUGCACAGGAACCCGCUGCAGGCCCUUCCGAGGCGGCUCUUCGGGGAGACGCCGCAUCUCCACAGCCUGUGCCUCUGCGAGACCCGGCUCUCCACUCUGCCGGCCCUCAUGCUGAGCAACCUGACCCGGCUGGAGCGGCUGGGGCUGAGCCUGAACCCUCGCCUGAGCGCCCUCCCCGGGGGGGUCUUCCGAGGCCUCGCCAGCCUGGAGGCGCUGUCGUUGCACUCCAACAAUCUGUCCAGCCUCGCAGAGGAGGUCUUCGGGGGGCUGGAGAACCUGCGGGAGCUCUCCCUCUUUGGCAACCGGAUCACAGGGCUCCCUCCAAACGUCUUCCGUCACCUCGGGCGCCUGGAAACCCUCUACCUGAACAAUACUGGGCUGCGCGCUCUCCCUGGAGAUGUCUUUGCCUCCCUUCCCAGCUUGCAGAAGGUUUGGCUUGACGGGAACCCCUGGCGCUGCUGCUGUGAGCUUGCCGCCUUUGCAUCCUGGCUGCGGAAGAACACCGGCCUUGUGCAGGACGCUGCUGCUGUGACCUGCCACAGCCCCCCAGCGCUGCGGCACACUCCCGUGCAUGCCGUCCCCCAGGGCCAGCUUGCCUGCCCGGCCACCACGGCUCGUGCCCACUGGCCAUCGCAAGGCCAACCCUCGCCCUCUCCUCCUGGAACUGAACUCGUGGCUUCAGCUUGGCAGCCCACGCCUGGCACAUCCCGAGUCCCCCAGACGGCACCAGCCUCCUCCGCACCUCUCUCUGAUGCCAGCACAGAGAUUCUGGAUGCAGCUGGCAUCUACUCUAGUGGUGCCCCUGUGGCAUUGCCUUACCUGGCAGAGUAUAAUUACAGCUACCUGGACCCCACAAUGGACACCCCCAUGGUCAUCGGGCAAAGGUGGUGGGUCUUUAAUCUCAAGAGCCCAAUAGGUUGGGUUCUUUUCAGCCUCCACCUCCUGGCACUGGUGACUCAGGCACUGGCUGUGGGGGCCACGUUGUACGUGGCUCUUCAGGUCUGGCAAGUCCGGGCCAGGAGGAGAAAUGCCCCUGCCGUGCCUGUUCUCACGCCUUGGGCCAGGGGUGCCGAGCCAGGCCCGCGGGAAGCAGAGAGCAGCGCUUACUGUACCAUUGGGCUGGUGCUGAAAGGCUCCUGAGCCGGCACUCGGGGUCCGCCCGAAGCACAAGUGGCCGGCAAUGCCAGGUCCGUGGCGCCGUGCUCCCGCCCGCCCACGCAGCCCCGCUUUCCCUUGCACAUCCAUUCAUUCCUCUCCCUUGAAUUGCCUCUCCUUGGAAGACUCCCUGGCUGCCUCCUGGUGCCCCUCCCUCCCUCUCCCCCCACCCCCAGGCUGGGCCCUUCCCGUGGGCCGCCCGUGCUUUCCCUGGCACUACUCCUGAAGGACGGCUAUGGCUGUGAUGGUGGCGGGGGCAGCUCCUCCUCCACUGGCCCCGUGCCCUCCCCCUCCUCCGUCAAUCUUGGGUCCUCCUCAAGGCUCACCGGCGCUCUGGGAGCUGCGCUUGAGCCAUCCGGGCCCUGCAGGGCUUGCGGCCCCCACACCCCCUCCCACUGUGGAAUGACCUCUGGGCCUCCCCAGGAUGCCGUCCAGUUCACUGCAGGAUGGCAGGAGAGCCGGCUCUGGAUGCGCGGGAUGCCCACACCAGCGAGCCACGGCCACCUUUGGCUCGGGUUGACCUUGGAGCGCCUCGGACCUCUUCUCCGUGGGAUGGAGGGAGUGGGGUGGGAGGCCUCCCUCCCAUCAUAACGGUGUGCCUAGGAGGGGCAGGCUGGGGGGUGGGGCUUUUGCCCCCCCCCCCGGUGGCUGCCCAUCCUUACACCGGCUGCUUGCUUUACCUCCCCUCCUCCUCCUCCUCCUCUGUUUUUGGCUGAGCAGCGGGGUUGGGGGUGGGUGGUGGUAACAACUCCAAGGUCUAGACAAGGAGUGCAGGAUAAAGACCCCUGAUCAAGAACACAUUUGCAAAACAUGCCCAUUCGCACAUAUUGUAUAGAUUUGCUUAACUCAGAGCAAAAUGUGGGCAGCAUUAGGAGUUAAUUUCCAUCUUAAUAGUUCUCACGUCUAAACGCAAAGAUCUCAAUGUUCCUGUGACUUGCCUGUUCUUGCAACUUUUUCUGUCUGAAAGAGCAAAGCAUUGUUUAAAACGUACUCAAUGAAAUAAACGAGCACAGAACGUGCA